UACUGGAAAUCGUUUUCGGGUGGUGUACUUUUGUUAUCAAUCAAAGAAGAGGGAACAGGGUGACAUCAUUGUGGGUCUCUUUGUGAUCAAAACAGUUCCGUUUGUAGAUGUUUCAUUGAUGUUUUUAAACCAGUGAAUUAUGUACUACACUGAUAAAAUAAUCCCAAAAGUCUGCAAAAAAAAAUUCCUUCAAUAGCUCUGGGUGGGCAAACAUCAAGGUGAAAAACUAAAUUAUUUUAAAAUGAUUGAGCAAUCAACCUAUCCACUUGAAACACAUAGUUGCUACAAAUAGCGAACAAUCGUUAUCAGUUGGUUUGACGACAAUCGUUCGACAAGGUGUAUUUGCAAAAUAAAAAAAUGAAAAAAAACGCGCACAAGAAAUUAGUGUCACUUCACUCAAUGUUUAGCAAUGAUUCUUGAAAGAAUUCGCAAUGUUGCUGUUUCUGUUUCGUUAACGUACUCACCCCACUCAAAAAGGAUAGACGAAAUUAUGAUCGAUUUUGGAAUGUGUGACAAGUGACAUGUGUAAUGGAGUGGUUUACUCAAUCUGAUUCGAACUGAACAACUCUCAGAGGGGAUGGAUCAACUCGAUCAGAUAGACACGAGACAGCUGUGAUAAGGGGUUCGAAUGAGUCGUUUCGGCGGCGAUUCUUCGGUAAACGGCAUGUGUGAGAUAUGCGUGACUCAGUCGAACGGAACCGUCGAGAGGAGAACAGCCGCAGCAGUAAGACUUCGCGCUACUGCAAAACGAUUCUGCUCCCGGACCGGCUCCAGGAAGCGGUCGAUCGACGGGUGAAGUUUUGUGCGAGGCACGGUCCUCAGAAACACAUUCUCCAAUCGUUCCACAACCAGACCUGUUACGUGAUUCAUGAUAACAUAGAAAUUUCGAACCCUGGAGAGUCUUCCGUGUACAGCAUUCUGACGAAUGCUCCAAUUUACAAAGUGGAAAUCGAGGACGGAUUCGAUGAGAAGAUGCAUAGUGGGAUGGGAGCGGCCAAGCGGAGGAAAACGAGAAGCCACCAUGGAUACGUUAAGCUGAAGAGCACCGAGUACAUUAAGCCCAACAAUCCAACUCCGCUGGAUGUUAUCGAUGAAAACGGGGCUGAGUUUCUCGGUGAGUCGAGUGGAUUGAACGGUUUUGGGAAGAAAAAUGGAAGAAACAGCAGCAGUUUCGACAGUGGUGGAUCGAUGGAUGAAGAAGAUGAUGAUGACGACGAGGAAGAUGUUCCGAUAACCAACUUCGGUAAAAUGAACUUUCGCGAUAGUGUGUGGAUGCAAAGAACAAAGCCUAGCGUAGGGGUUAAUGGUCUGGGUAAACGAAUUGUUCCUUCGACUUCGACAAGCUCGACGUCGCCACCGAGCAGCGAGUAUGAUUACGCUUACAUAACAGCAAUUAACAAGCACCAACCGCUGAGCAUCAUGAAAAGUAUCAAUGAUGAUCAACCUCUAAGCAGUACAGUGCUGCCAGACUAUUGCGUAACUUUGAUCACGUGUUCAUCAGAACUCAAUCAAGGUUAUUACUCUGACGACGAAUCGGAUGUGGAUAAGUUACUAGGGGAUCUAAAGGGUAAAACGAAUCGCCUGGAAUACGUAACGGAGCGAAAACAGUACCUCAACUCAAAGGGGUUCCUGGCGUACUUCAUCAACCUAUUCCAGGAUACAAUAUCGCAAGACCUGGAAAUCAAGCAGCACGAUCUGGAGAAAGCAACUUGGAAGGGCGCAGUGAUCUACAGCGGGGCGUGGGAAAUCAUUCCGGCCAUCGUUUGUCCCUGGCCGAGGGAAGCCUUCGAAUGGGUCCAGAGAAAGCGAGAGAUCAAGAUAAAUCCAUUGAACAAGCAAAAGUUCCAGUGGCCUACAGCUCCAAUGAUCCAGAAAGUGAAAUCGUUCGGUUGCCACGUAAUUCCAACAGGAUACGCACCCAAACAAGGACAAAAUCGAUACCGAAUGCUUGAAUGGAAAAUGGUAUUCCCUGAAGCAGAGCGAUAUCUGGAAAGCUGCCUCACCAACACCCAAGCCAAGGUUUACAUGAUCACGAAACUUUUGUUUCGAACCUUCGUCGAUCCAGCAAUCAGCAGUGGGAUGAACAUGUUUGGAACCGAACACCUCAGAGCGCAUCUUUUCUGGCAAUGUGAGAACAACUACGUAGCCUGGCCCGAGGAAUAUCUCGGUGAAGCUCUACUCCGUUUCUUAAACGCUCUACUGGAAAGAAUCAAGACCCACAAACUACCAGACUACUUUCUCCCGACAAGGAACCUAUUCGAGAACAUUCCAGAACGAGCGCUGGUUGAGCUACACAAACGAAUCUUUCGGAUUACCGAGAACCCUCUGAUACACAUGAUGAUUGCGUUGAAGAACACCAAACAUUUAUCAGGUCAAGCACCCUUCUAUCCGAAAAUCAAAAUCAAACGCCUCUAUUCGAUAAUGGCCAUCGAUAACCCACUGAAGAUCCUCAAUCCACGCUUCCGAGACGAAGACGAAAAUCUAGCAGCCGAAGACUCUGGCGAGGAUGAAGGCAAGGAAAAAGAAGUCGCCGUCGGUUUCAUGGCCUACUUCAACGAACAAGAAGUUGAGUCCCGGAAACAAAGAACCCGCAUUGUUCAGUUUAUGGAGGCAGAGAAGAAAAAACAAAUGGAAGCCGGCUCCGAUCGAAAGCUUUCGGUUGAUUCCAUCGAUUUGAUGUUUACCCCUCUAAAACACAUGGAAAACGUGCGACGGCAGAUGAUCUACAACAUUUUCGUGCAGCACUUCAUCGAGAUGGCCCAGGCGUCUUGCGCAUUUCGAUCCCUAAAUCAAGGUUUGGUUUAUCUGCAGCAAGCGGAACGGCUGUGCAGUCUGUUGAACGACGAUCAUGGAGUGGAGGAAGCCCGGCGAUAUCUCAGCAAAAUUCGCAACGUUCGUAAUGACAUUCAGAACGCGCUACAGAACAACUACGAUGGUCCGGCGCUACCCAAACGAGCUAGUAAUGCAGGCGCAGGCGCGAACGUCAGAACGUCAGGUCGUCAGAUGCAACAGAAAGGCCUGAAACCAGGUAGAAAAAGUCGAGACAGGAUUUCCUACAGCAACAUGGGUGCAUUGAUGAAUGGGGAGAAUGGUUCGCCUGGAAACGAUCGGAAGAAGGAGCGACGAAAAAUUUCCGCCCAGGUCCAUAGGCAGAGUUCCCGCAACGGAGAUGAUUCGUCACUGAACGUGGAUAUAACGCAACUUUUAGGUAACGUUGCCGUCAACUGAUUAGUUAGAGCUAAAAUUGGUUUUUGUUAAAGUUUUGUGCAGUUAUAAACUGCGCUUCUGUGAUAAAAGUGGAUGAUUUGAAUAAAUAUGUUACAUUGGCGUUUUA